ACAGUGCAUAGGGAGGGAACGGAGAGGGAAGGGAAGAGGUUUGUGUGAAGAAGGAAAGGUGAAUUGGAUGCAGCGAAGCUUCUAGAAAAUCUUUCUCUCUUUCUCUCUCGUAGAUCUGAUUUUUUUUUCUUCUUUCUUUCAAUCGAUUGUUUCGUGAUCAGAAUUUAGCUCGAGAAAUGGGAUUGUGGGAGGCUUUUCUGAAUUGGUUACGGAGCCUUUUCUUCAAGCAGGAAAUGGAGUUGUCUCUUAUAGGACUUCAGAAUGCUGGGAAGACUUCCCUUGUAAAUGUUGUUGCUACUGGUGGAUACAGCGAGGACAUGAUUCCUACAGUGGGAUUCAAUAUGAGGAAAGUAACAAAAGGCAAUGUUACAAUCAAGUUAUGGGAUCUUGGAGGACAGCCUAGGUUCCGUAGCAUGUGGGAACGUUACUGCCGUGCAGUUUCUGCUAUUGUUUAUGUUGUUGAUGCUGCUGAUCCAGAUAACCUUAGCAUAUCAAGGAGUGAACUUCAUGAUUUGCUGAGCAAACCAUCAUUGAGUGGUAUCCCUCUAUUGGUGUUGGGGAACAAGAUUGACAAGGCAGGGGCUCUGUCUAAACAAGCGUUGACCGACCAAAUGGAUCUGAAAUCAAUUACUGAUAGAGAAGUUUGCUGUUUCAUGAUCUCUUGCAAAAACUCCACCAACAUUGAUUCUGUUAUAGACUGGCUUGUGAAGCAUUCCAAAUCAAAGAGCUGAGAAACUACUGUGUUUUGAACUCUGAUGUAAUAUCUCUGCGACUCAUUUCUGGAUUUUCUAGUGGCAUUUGCAUGUCUAACUCUCAGAUUGGUUUAUUCUUCCCUUUCCUAAGGUGCUUUGAAAUGAUUAGUCUUGUACAAUUGGGAAUUAUACAGUAUACAGUCAUUGUGUAUUAUUGGUGUAGCUAUAUCGUUAAAAAUUCACAGAAUUGCUUUUGCGAGAGGAAUUGAUGGAUUUGUCUAGAGGUGUUAAAAAAAGAACCAAGUCACAAAGCCCUAUUUAUAAUGCUCCUACUUGGCCUC